ACGCCUAUUUCACGCUGGUGUGAGAUCCGCCAAUCAGGAGGAAGAAGAAGGGAGCCUAUGCUCACGUAACUUGGGUCCAUUACCCUGAGCUGGGCCACAGGCGGGACGAGAGGAUGACUCAGGUCAGCCGUCAGCAGUGGGGAGAGGCGUCCGGGCCGGGCCGCGUGGACCUGUGGGUCCUCCAGUCCACCUCGGUGCGAGUGGAGGUCCUCACUCUGGGCGCCAUCAUCAGGUCUGUGUGCUGCAGAGGGAGGGAUGGACAGAUGGAAGACGUCGUCCUGGGCUAUGAUGACCUGGAAGGUUACGUGUCCGAUAAGCGGUACCUGGGCGCCGUGGUGGGCCGCGUGGCCAACCGAAUCGCACUGGGCCGCUUUGUGGUGGAGGGAACAGAGUACCGACUAGAUGUCAAUAAUGGACCCAAUGCACUGCAUGGAGGACUGAGGGGCUUCAACAAGGCUAUCUGGCUUGCUACAGCAGUGGAAGGUGGUGUACAGCUGAGUCUUACCAGUCCAGAUGGAGACCAGGGUUAUCCCGGGGAGGUCCAGGUCUCUGUGUCCUACACCCUUCAGGGGAAAACUCUAACUGCUGAAUAUCAAGCCCGGUCCACCAAAACCACCCCCAUCAACCUCACCAACCACUCCUACUUCAACCUGGCGGGACAGGGUGCAGCAGAUAUCUACGACCAUCACGUGUCCAUCAGUGCUGCGUCCUACCUGCCUGUGGAUGACACGUCGAUUCCUACAGGAGAGAUCAGACGAGUGGACGGCACGCCCUUUGAUCUUACAAAGCCUGCUCUGAUUGGCCCCCGGCUGAAGGAAGUUCCGGGUCCAGGGUUUGACCACAACUUCUGUCUGUCAUCACCUGGGGAGUCCUGGAGCGAGAAGCACGCUGCUAGGGUGUGUCACCCAGCCAGUGGGCGGGCCUUGGAGGUUUCUACCAGCCAACCAGGCGUCCAAUUCUAUACUGCCAACUUCCUGGAUGGUUCUAUAACAGGAAAGGGCGGGGCUCGGUACGGGAAGCACAGCUCCUUCUGCCUGGAGACACAGAAUUGGCCUGAUGCUGUCAACCAGGCUUCUUUUCCUAACUGUCUUCUGCGUCCUGGUGAGGACUACCGACAUGUGACUCGCUUCACCUUCACAACUAUCUGAUAGGACACGGACCAACACAGGACACGGACCAACACAGGACACGGACCAACACAGGACACACACCAACACAGGACAGACCAGAACUGAGAGUAAGACGUUCCUUCACUGAAUGUACAGUAAACGUUUCAUUAUGAACACACUGUUUGGCAGCGGAAGUCUGUUUCCCUCUGUUUAACUGUGGGAGUUUUUUCUUUACAAUGGCUUCUGUAAUGACAGUAGUUAUUACAGCCUUUGAAGGCGAGUGUGUCCAGCGACACUAUUUGUCAAACCUGACAAAAAAAAUAAAAAAGGUGGUUGUUGCUAUUUGUUCCAAUGUGUGCUUUUUAGCAUUAGAGUUGGUGCAAUCCAGCGGUUUAGUAAUAACACCAUACGUAACUUUGCAUUUGCCUUUUAGCUCAACAUAACUGCACCAUUUCUAGAUCAUUGGGGGAGGAGGCUGGUUUGGGUCGGGGGGC